AUGCCCAUUGAGACGGACGAGCGGCGAGAGUUCCGACGCAAGAUGCGCGCCAAGUGCGAAUUCGUGUGCAAGUACUGCCAGCGCCGCUUCACCAAGCCGUACAACCUGAUGAUCCACGAGCGCACGCACAAGGACGACGUCACCUUCACCUGCGAGACCUGCGGCAAGACCUUCAAGCGGCAGGACAACCUCAAACAGCACAGCAGCGCGAAUCGCGGAGAAAACGGCGGCCGCAUACUGGCUGACCUGGAGGCGGGCGGAGGCGGCGGCCCGGGGUCGUGGCAUUCCGGGAUGACACCGCAGCCGCAGCCGCAGCCGCGGAGAAAGCCGCUGCCGCUGGAGGCCCGCGAGGCGUGA